CCGAUCUACUCCGUAGGCCUCAGUCCACUUGACAAACCGUCGCGGAUUCCUGUCUCAAAGCUGGGGUUGGUUUGUAUCAAGGUCCUUUGGUUAGCUAAAGAGGGCACCUCGCUCACCCCUAUCAUACCACUGAGAUCACACCACCGCCACUAAUUGUUUCCAGCUCAUGCCUAUUCAAGGACAAUUGAGAAAAGUUCCUCCCCUUAUACAAGAUGUUUGUACCUAGGACCUGAUCUCUGGUCGAUCUCUGAACCAUCAUCUUCCGCCGCUGGCACGGUAAUUUUCAUUCUGUACUUUUAUCCUUUCCCAUCACUCGUUCUAGCUCUUUUGCAGCAUUCCGCUGGCUCGGACUCUUGUGUCUUUCCUAUUAAGUCGAUCUCCAAGCUCACAACAGCUUCGUGAAAGUGCCGCUGGCUCGGUUCUUCCCUGUUCCAGAUCACAAGCGUAUCUCGACCCAAUAUUGUCUACUAUCAGUCCGAUUGCAAUAUGGGUUACUCCGGGGCGUCGACCACGACAACCAUGGUGGAAAGGACACGGUCCACGGAACUGAUGAGGAUUCUGCUUUCGGGGGAGGUCAGUGGAGAGGCGCCGAGACAAUUAACCCCCCGUGAGAAGUUCAACAGAUGGAUGGUCAACGAAGGAUCACGGCGGCUUUUCGUCUUCACGUUUAUCCUCGUUCAUUGCAUGCUAUACGCCUUUGGAUUUAUGAAUUACACCAUGAAGGAUAACAUGACGCAUGCGCGAGCCACUUUUGGAUAUGGAUAUCCCAUUGCUCGAUCCGCUGCACUUGUUCUACACUUCGACGUCGCCUGCAUUCUCCUACCGGUCUGCCGCACCUUGAUCUCCCUAGCUCGACAGACGCCUCUAAACGGAAUUAUACCUUUCGACAAGAACAUUACAUUUCACAAACUGGUUGGAUAUUCUCUUGUAUUCUUCACCUGGGUUCAUACUAUCGCUCAUUUACACAAUGUCGCGCAGCUCUCGGCGAAGAACCAUGCCGGCUUUCUCGGUUUUAUUAAGCUCAACUUCUUGACGGGCCCUGGCUGGACGGGUUACGUUUUGACUAUCUCGAUUAUGGCAAUAUUCUUCACUGCCAUCGAAAAGCCCCGCCGCGCGAACUUUGAACGGUUUUGGAAUGUCCACCAUCUCUUUAUCGUCUUCUUCCUCGCAUGGUCCAUUCACGGAAUUUACUGCAUGAUCCCACUUGACACGAUACCUACCUGCUUUGGUAAUGGUUCUUUCUAUCAAUGGUGGUUUGUUGGAGGCUUCGCAUAUCUUGGAGAGCGUAUCAUGCGCGAGAUUAGGGGUUCUCACAAGACGUAUAUCCACAAGGUCAUCCAACACCCAUCCAAUGUGGUCGAGAUUCAGAUCAAGAAGGAGCAUACAAAGACACGUGCGGGACAAUAUAUUUUCCUCUGCUGCCCAGAAGUAUCGCUCUGGCAGUAUCAUCCUUUCACCUUGACUUCUGCACCUGAAGAAGACUUUAUCUCGGUUCAUGUUCGUAUGGUAGGCAAUUUCACGAAGCAACUGGGUAAAGUCUUGGGAUGCGAAGGGUUGGACAAGGAUGAAAAGAAAGCGAAUCGUCAGACAAAGCUCAUCAGUUCGUCCGAAUUCUCCGAAAAAGGUGGUCUUCAAGUCAACAAUCUUCUUCCUCGGGUAUAUAUCGACGGGCCAUUCGGCUCAGCCUCUGAAGAUGUAUUCAAAUUUGAGACGGUGAUGCUUGUUGGUGCUGGUAUUGGUGUAACUCCGUUCGCAUCGAUCCUCAAGUCGAUCUGGUACCGUAUGAAGAAUCCCACCGCCGGAAAGACGCGGCUGCGCAAGGUCUAUUUCUUCUGGGUGUGCAGAGAUUUUGGAUCACUGGAGUGGUUUAAAUCCUUACUCUCAGCCAUCGAGAGCGAAGAUAAAAGCCAUGCCAUCGAGAUUCACGCGUACUUGACAGCCAAGAUCACACCUGCCCAGGCAUCAAAUAUUUCCCUGAACUCCGGAGACACAGAUGCUAUCACAGGUUUACGAACGCCGACAAACUUUGGCCGACCAAACUGGGAUAUGGUGUUUCGUGCUGUCCGCAAAAUCCAUUGGCCUGGUGAAUGCGGCGUAUUCUUCUGUGGACCUAAAGGACUCGGUGCUCAGCUUCAUAUCAAGUGCAACAUGUAUACGGAAGCUGGAGCCAAGGGCUACAGUUUCGUCUGGGGAAAAGAGAACUUUUGAAGGAAUGGAUUGGUAUCAAUUGGCUUGUUCAUUUUCAGAUAUAUAGUACUAGGGCACAUAGCGAGGGUUAUAUAAACCACUGUUUCCGCAUG